GCUUCCGGUAGAGAAAUAGUAAAGGCAACUGUGAUCUACUGCUGCUACUUGUGACUUCUUUAACGCUACGUGAACAGCAUCUCACUGAAACAAGUCACAAUAAUAAAUCACACUUUAACCACGACGGACCCGUCCCUCUCUGGCCACCCUGGCGUUUGCUUGUAUCGAUGGCAUCUACCUCCCAAAGCAGGAGAUGGUGUUCCUGCAUCACGUCAACGAUGAGCUGGAAGCAUACCAACAGAAGAGCAACCACAAGAGUGUGCUCCUGUUCCCCCCUCUACCGAGCAGACUGCGAUACCUGAUCCACAGGACCAUAGAGGACCUGCCAGAGCUCACCACCUUCUCAGUAGGGGACAGCUGGUGCCGUCGGGUGGUGGUCUGCCAUUCUGAGCUAAGGGGUGUGGAAGAGGAAGUCAGUGACGGGGAGAGCAACAACAGCUUUUGUGAACAGCCCCUAAGAAACAGGAAGGAGAAAGGUGGCAACGCCAAGCGUAAAUCUUCUAUCCCAUCGCGAGGCCGAGGACCCAAGAGGCCGGACAAACCUCUUUACAUGCCACGAGCUGCUCGGGAGAGACUCUCCUUACAAAAUGAAGCGUCAGGAGAUCCAGGGUUGCCCAGUCCAGCCUCUAGUAGCUGUAGCUGCGUUGGCAGCUCAUGCGACUCUUGUUUCUCUCCCGAAACAACAGAAAAAACAAAGUCCCCGACCACAUCCAGCGAGGAGUGUGUCCUCAGUGCAGUGGAGUGUAUCCCUAACCAUGUUGCCGACAGUUCAGCAGUUUGUGAAGAGAAACCAAAGUUGUUGCUGACGCCGAAUGAAGCUGAGCCCCUAGUCUGGCAACAGACGGUGUCCUGCUUCAACGACAUGAGUCUGGAGGACGAUGAGAAGGGCGAGGGAGACGUAUGCACAGACACAGACGAUGUAACUGAAGAGAUCAAGACACGUCUGAAAGAGCCGGAGACCAUUUCCAUUGAGCACGUUCACAAUGACUACUCCUUUUAUGAGAAUGUGGGUUACAGCCUGGAAAGGUUUUGCCACGUCAUCGAGAUCUAUGACUUCCCAGUUUGUUUCAAGACAGAUGACCUCCUGGAUGCUUUUACAGACCACAGUGAUGGUGGAAUGAAGAUCGAGUGGGUUGACGACACACAUGCCCUGGGGGUUUUCUCCAACGAGACGGCAGCAAUCCAGGCACUCUCCAUUUGCCAUCCACUGCUGAAGGCAAGAGCGUUGAAUGAAGCGAGUAUAAAAGCCAAAGGAAAGGCCAGCAGACGAGCAGAGUCUAUCCAGCCAGUAAAGGAGCGUCCUCGGACAGACUGUGCUGUUGCCAAGCGGAUGGUGACCAGAGCCCUGGGGAUGCAGGGACGAGGCACAAGAGGGCAGCGAUAUUGAAGGGAAUCGCAAACACUGUCGGCUUAAACAGAAAGGUCCAGCGGAGGUGUCUGCCUCCAUUCAUCGGGCCUCUAGAGGCUCCACAGUGGCCACAAACAGCCAGCUGAUGAAGAAGAGUAUGACUACCGUCCAAGCACCGUUUUCCUGCUUCCCUGGUUGGUACAGCAGGUUUGCAUGGUGACGAAUGGGACGGGCAAGAGUUGACUGCCUCACAUCAGCAACAUCCACACUGCCGACGUGUUCCUUGAGUGAAUCACAACCAGCCUCACAGUCUCAAAGUUGCUGCUCUAAAGCUGAACCUGACCCCUUUUGGACAUUAUUGAUGUGGUUCCAGUUGUUCACUGUUAAGAUCAAUAAAGAAAGUAGAGUCCAAUGCAAA